AUGUCCGAGCGGCGGACACGAUCCGGAGGGGCCCCCCAGCGGUCUGGGGCCAGGACUCCACUUACUAAGCCUUCGAAGUCGUCUAAGCGGAAAUCUGGCUCAGAUCUCCCGAACACGUUCCCUGAUAUCUGGCCGAGAACAACUCCAGCAGCUCCAGUCAGAAAGGCCAUCGUCUUGAAGAAGAUCGUAGCUCAUGCAGUAGAGGUCCCAGAUGUCCACACACUUCGCAGGAGUCCUAGGAUCUCUUUUAUCUUGGAGAAAGAAAACCACCCUCCGCUCAAGGUACCCACUAAAGAGGACCUCUUCAAGACUUGUACUGUCCCUGGUACUCCCUCCAGCACCCCUGUACUGUACACUCAGAAUGCUGAGUCUAACUCUGGAGAGGUGGAGCUGGACACCAGAGACUUGGAAAUGUCUCAGAAAGUCAGGCGGUCAUACAGUCGACUGCAGAGCCUCGGAUGUGCCCCAACCUCCACCCCUGGCCGCCAAUCCUUUUUUGGCUUUGAGGGACCUGAAGACUUGCCUGGAGUUUCACCUGUCGUGUGUUCAAAGUUAAUCGAAACCCCAAAGGUACCUGCGAAGCAGUUGGUUCCAGAUAGAACGCUCCCUGGAAUCUCUCCCCCAGUUGUGAAAGAGAAACGAAAGAAGAAGAUUCCUGAGAUACCGAAAUCAGAGCUGGAUAAGUGGGCUAUGGCCAUGAAUGCUGAAUUUGAAGCUGCUGAGCAGUUUGAUCUUCUGAUUGAAUGAGAUGAGCUGGGAUGCCAGUCACUGAAUGGGAUGGACUGGGUGGGAUGCCAAUCACUGAAUGGGAUGGACUGGGUGG